GCUCGGAGGCGAGAGGAGACGGCUGGAAGUAUGAAGAAGCGUGACAGAGAGAAAGUGGAGAUGGCCGACAGUCAGAGAAUAGAGGAUGAAGGGAUGAAUGUGAGUAAACAAUCCACCAGACUGAAGGCACGUUUGCAACGCCUGAGAGACCAUCAUGAUAAAUGCUUGUCAAGAGCCAUGGACCCCUUAAAACACCAAACACAGCCAUCGGAGAGAACAAACCAAGAGGGUGAGACUUCAUCACAACCCCAGCUCUCACCUAAGCAGCUUGCAGCUGCCAAGACUUUGGAAAUAAUUAUUGAUGUUGAUGCUGAUACUGACAUCGAUAUAAUCACUCCUGAAAGUUCAUACUCUGAUGCUGCUGACCCAGAUGUGCCAUCACUCAAACGAACUGACAGCAUAUUUCUUACCAGUGAAUACCUGCAGUCAAUCUCCAAGGUGGCUGACACACCAGAAGCUUCUGGAAGUUGUAUUGAAAGCACUGAUGAUGAAUAUAUUCCAUCAAAAGACUCAGGGAAUGAAAGCAGUUCAGAGGGAUUUGACAGUCCUGCAAAAAGGGUCCCAUUGUUGAAAAUUAAGAAAACAAAGAAGUCACAAAAGACUUCCAGAAGAAAAACACUUCCAAGUACAUCUUCGGAAGAAAUGCAGGAAGAUGUGGAAAGUGAUCUUUCAGAGACCGAUGCAUCAAAGGAGUCAUCUUUCAGCUCCUCAACAUCGAGAUCCCAAAGAUCGAGAAGUCAGCCAACCACUGAUGAGUUUGAUGAAGCACCCACAGGAUCCUCAACACCUAAGAGAAGAAAGGAGACAGGAUCUGACAUUGAUGACCCUAAAGAGGGUACUUCUCACACCCACCGCACACCCUGUUUUGCCUCAGGAACUUCAACAAAGGAAAAGGAGUCUGACACUGAUGCCACUAAAAUGGGACCACCAAGAUUCAAGCAAGGACAGUGGACCACAGAUGAGCCUGAUGGUGACCACACUACCGCAGGAACAUCAAAGAAGAGGACUUGGACAUCAGCUGAGGUCCAAGCUGUGGAAAAAAGACACUAA